AUGGGCACUAUAGAUACCAUCAAAGAUCCCCGAAUCAGGGUAAAGGUGUCAACGCAAUUGUUGGACAUUAUUAAAAAACACCAUACAGAAUUUGCGGGUGCCCCCAAACAUGUUGUGGACUUAUUAAAACCAAUGGGAAUACGUGUAACGCAAUUAGACAAUAAUGGAAAUGGUUAUAAAGGUGUCGAUGUGAAACUACUCAACGAUAUUUUGGCAAACAAUGAAGUGACAAUAGAAAGUGAAACCCAUACGACAAAAUCUGAGAAGGAAAAAGAAGAAAAAGCUAGCUUCGAUAAGACAAAAGAAAUAUAUUUGUAUUUAAGUGAUCUACGUUGGUUUAGCCAAGCCCUGGGUACUCUACGUUCCAAAGGCAUAGUUGAUGUGUAUUUAAAUGAUUUGCUUGAGACAUGUUCAUUGGAAUUGCCCAAAAAUGCAACAAUCGAAAGAAAUCCAGAACUAGAGGCACGCUGUCAGAAGUUACGUCUGGAACAACAAAACCUGGAAUAUCGUAAAAUGACAAAGGAUGUUGAUGCAACGCUAAAGAAUUAUCCAGAGGAUACGAUUGCCUAUCAAAUGAAAGCCAUCAACAGUCAACUGGUUGCCGUACUGCAAUUCAUAUUCUCCGUGGCAGCUGGUUUUGCUUUUGGUUUCAUUGGCAUUCAACUUAUUGUGGGAAAUUUAGAUUUUGGACUGCGCCUGUUGUUGGGCAUAAUGAUUGCUCUUAUAAUUGCCCUGGCUGAGAUUUACUUUUUGGCAAAGAAACUUAACGAAUAUGACAAUACCACGGAGACGGUCAACAAGGCCAUCAAUAAGAUUAAAGCUAGCAAAACACCAAUACUAAAUGAAGAAAUUCAAAAGAAAUUACACGUAGAAUAAGUUUAUAGACUAGUCUGUAUGGUUUGAGAAAAGAAUAUAGAUAAUAAUGAUGUCAUUACGAACAAUUAUGGGAUGUUUCUCUAA